AUGGCCGACGUAAAGAAGGACGAGCACGACGCGGCCGACGAGCGAGAACAAGAUGACAAUGACCACGGCGCCGGUGAAGAUGGUAACGACGAGGAGGAGAUCUCGGCCAUGAAGAAGAGGGUCGCCGAGAUGGAGGAGGAGGCUGCAAAGCUUAGGGAGAUGCAGGCGAACCUGGACCACCAAACCCAGGAGCUGUCGGAAUCUAGGGACGACGUCGACAGCCGCAGCAUCUUCGUGGGCAACGUCGACUACUCAGCCUCUCCCGAAGAGAUUCAGGCCCACUUCCAGAGCUGUGGCUCCAUCAACCGGGUCACUAUUCUCCUCGAUAAGUUUACUGGACAGCCUAAGGGAUAUGCCUAUGUUGAGUUCACCGAGCCAAGCUUGGUCGCUCAGGCGCUUGUUCUCAACGAGAGCGUCUUCAAGGGACGCAACAUCAAGGUUGUGCCGAAGCGGACGAACUACCCAGGGAUGAGCCGAGGGCGUGGGAGGGGCCGAGGCGGCCGGGGGUUCGGCGGCCGUGGUGCUUAUGCCGGAUUCCCUCCGAGGGGAGGCUACCGUGGCGGAUAUCGUGGCCGCGGCCGGGGAAGCUACGCGCCCUACUAG